AUGCCCUCACCAGAUGAGCACGCCGAGGCAGCCUCAUAUCGAGCAUCGGGCUUCAGUAAUCGUUUAGGAUGGGGCCAACGACCCGCUCUCAUACUCAUCGACAUUUGUCAAGCAUACUUCACUCCCGGCUCCCCUCUCGACUGCAGCUCCAAUCCAUCCGCAGCAGCCUCUCCCGACCACAUGCGAGCGCUCCUCUCCGCCGCGCGCUCCAACCCCGACAUCCCCAUCAUCCACACGCAAGUCUCGUACAGCAAAAAAGACAUGUCCCAAGCCGGCCUCUUCUACCGCAAAGCGCCCGUCAUCGACCUCUGGCUCCAAGGCAACGACCAGAAAGGCUACAGCACACUCUUACCAGGCCUCUCCCCGCUCGCAAACGAACACGUGAUAAUCAAACAGCAUGCGAGCGCAUUUUUCGGCACGGAAUUGUGUUCUCUUUUGCAGUAUUUGCGCGUGGAUACGGUGGUCAUUUGUGGCGUCAGCACAAGUGGAUGUGUGCGAGCCACGACGUUGGAUGCUCUUCAGAAUAAUUUUCGUCCCAUGGUCGUGGGUGAUGCGUGUGGGGAUCGCAGUGUGGCUAUUCAUGAGGCGAAUUUGUUUGAUAUGGAUGCCAAAAUGGCGGAUGUGGUGGGCGUGGAGGAGGCGGUGGAGCAUUUGGGGGGCAUUUUAGUGCCGGAGUAG